ACAAACAAACAGCAACAAAAAAAAACCAGUUUUGAUCAAUUUUUCAAUUCAUUUGAAUGUUUGUUUUGCGAAAUUUAAUUCUUCAAACAUAGCAAAAAAAAAACUCAACAUCAAACAACAACAAGAAGAAGAAGACGAUGAAAUUAAUCAUUCAAGAUAAUUAUGAUAUGGUAUCCGAAUGGACAGCCAAAUAUAUUCGUAAACGUAUCCGUCGAUUUCGACCAGGACCAGAUCAUUAUUUUACACUUGGCCUGCCAACCGGUUCAACACCAUUGGGUACAUAUCGUAAAUUGAUUGAAUUCUAUAGACAAGGAACCAUUUCAUUUAAAUAUGUGGUCACAUUCAAUAUGGAUGAAUAUGUUAAUUUACCACGUGAUCAUCCAGAAUCCUAUCAUUCAUUUAUGUAUGAAAAUUUUUUCAAACAUAUUGAUAUACAACCAGAAAAUGCUUACAUUUUGGAUGGUAAUGCAAAUGAUUUGAAUGAGGAAUGUGACAAAUUUGAAGCGAAAAUCCGCCAUUAUGGUGGUAUUGAAUUAUUUGUCGGUGGUAUUGGUCCUGAUGGCCAUAUUGCAUUCAAUGAACCUGGAUCAAGUUUAACAUCACGUACACGUGUUAAAACAUUAGCAUUGGAUACUAUUGUUGCUAAUGCACGUUUUUUUCAAAAUGAUCUAACAAAAGUACCAGGACAAGCAUUGACCGUAGGUGUUGGCACCGUAAUGGAUUCACGUGAAGUAAUCAUAUUGAUUACCGGUGUACAUAAAGCAUUAGCAUUAUCUAAAGCAAUCGAAGAAGGUGUUAAUCAUAUGUGGACAGUAUCAGCAUUUCAAUUACAUCCACAAACAUUGUUUAUUUGUGAUGAAGAUGCUACAUUGGAAUUACGUGUAAAAACGGUUAAAUAUUUUAAAGGAUUAAUGCGUGUACACAAUAAAUUGAUUGAAGAUGAUGAAAUUGAUGAACAGCAACAGCAACAACAACAACAACAACAGGAAAAAUGAAAUAUUUUUGAAUUUUAAAUUUUAAAUUUUUUUUAUCGUAAUUUCCGCUCUCUUACUUCCCCUUGGAUUUCUAAAAAAAAAUUCUGAAAUCAAAAGAAAAUAAAAUAAAAUUCCCGCUUCA